CUUGUUGGCGGCGCCCUCGACGGCCAACUCGUGGCGCGCAGCCUCGAGCGGGGGUCGCUCCAUCCCCACCACCAAACCUAGCAGCCGCCCCUCCAGCCCCUCCACGCGAACGCCGAAAUCAACAAGCGUCAGUUUGGCCAGGUCGUCAGGAGUCAAUUGCGCCCUGAACGACAGCACCAGGUACAACCUGAAGUCCUCGUGAACCCUGACCUGAGCCUCGGAAAGGGUCACUGAACCUGCCGAAGUCCUCUGCACGACGCUGUCUGAGUUUGAAUCAAGAGCUUCUGAGUGAAACCCAAAAAUUUUCUUCUGCAAUAUGGGUGAUUUUCAUAUUAAAAAUGGUCGCGUUAUGGGUCGCCGUCUUAACUGUGUGGUGAUUUUCCACCGAGAUGGCAACCGACAGGGCAUGUCCGGCCUUCUGACAGAGGCUGUGGUUGCUCUCAUGGGCCGCUGGAAUGGGCACCCAGUGAGAUUUCGAGGAGGCCAUGGUGCGUCAAAAGCUGCCCUGAAGACAGCAGUCCUUGACCAACUGAUGGCAGCCACCAUGCUCUGCAUUCAUCGACCAGAGCCCCAUGACGGAGAUGAAAUGGACGCCCUCUCCAAUGACAUCAUGUCCUCAAUUCGAACGCUGCCCAACAUGGGGCCGCGUAUGUUGGUGAUCCUGCUCGAUCACAUGAAAGAGGAGUACGACGCAUACGACGACUCUUUCAGGCUUCGCCUGAUUGCUAUCGAGAGCUUGCUAGCUCGUUUCCCUGCUACAUUGGCAGCAGCCAAUGUUGAUGCGGUCAGGAGCUUUUGGCUGCUAUCCAGCUCCAGCAGCUUCUCUCUCUCUCAAUGUCAAAAGCACGGGUCGUAAAUCAAUUUCCGUGUUUUCUUAAAAAGCAUAUUUGUUUUUCAAGUCCAGACCUUUCAAUUACAAUGAAAACAAACACUUUCAACUUAAUUCAAUUAAUUUCCGUUAAAUUGACGAAGAAUAGAAAAAGAGGAGAAAAUUCAUCUGAACUCAAGAGCUGAGCAAGGAAAUUUAUAAAAUUAAAUUAGACUGAAAUAAUUGCAGAAGCCUUAAACUAUGCAGUUGCUGUAAUUUAAAUUAACUUCAAAUAAAAAGCAAAAUUCAGUUAUGAGCAGUAGAGAAAAUAAAAAAACAUUUUAUUUGAUGUAAUUACUGAGUCGCGAAUUCACUUUGAAUUGUCGUUGUGUUUGCUGAUAGAGAUCACAUGCUUUGAAUUCACUGCGUAAUGGAGGCUUUGGAAUUUUGAAUGAUCCGUUCAAAUAAAGAUCAGCGCUGAUUAAUCUGUGCGUGAAAUGGAACGCCAUUAAAUCUGUUUGAGGUUCUCUGAACUCAAAUUCUAAACUAAACUCCUCUGAUACCAGAGAACUAUUGUCACUUUUCCAAAUGAAAAUUAAAUUUUUCAUAAUAUUUAUAUAGAAAAUAUCAGGAUUUCUUUAAUUAGGAAAGAAAAUUUUAAAAAAAAAAGAAAAAAAAUAAUUCUAUUAAUUCGCAGCAAAA